CUCAUGCUCUUGAAGGAUGUUCUUCUGUCCUCGGUCCGAUUGUAUUCGGGAGGCUGUUGAGGCCAGCCAGGGCUACCUGGAGGAGGCUGACAGCGCGCUGCUCGAAGCCUUGGUGCCCAACAGGGUCCAGUUUUGGGCCUUCCGUACGUAACCGAUUCAGCUCAAGGGGUCUUGCGUUCAGGCCACUGGCUGGUUAAUUCUCGAACGCUGCACCAGUCUGUAUGCAGGUGUGUCUGGACGCCGAGUCGAGGUUCAAGGAGUGCGAGGCGGAAGUGGUCGAAUCGUGCAGUAGCGACAGUAGUGAAGAUAAGACCCUCGACGUUGUCAUUCCAAUAUGCACAGGGGCGAGCUCCAACUGCACCUCUGGCUCCUCUUCGCCGGGGUUUCGAGGCACCAUCACGCCUACGCGGCGCAGGCUCAGUUCUAUCGCGAGAGUGGGCAGUGAGGGACAUUGGUUGUUGCUGAUGUUGAACGUCAGUGCGACUCUGCUUUUCCUCGGCAGCUUCCAUUUUGUACACGACUUUUGCGACGAGAUUUACCUCGCGUUCGUUGCCGCACUUCACCUCACACUGGGCGUGGGAGUCCCACUCUGGGCCGCGCAGAUCGGCGACUCUGUGCCUGUCAAGGCGUUGCUGACGUAUCAGGCGCACUACCCUACGAGCCGCGGCAGAGGGCUCGUAACACCUUCUCCUGGUGGUAUCCUUUUCUGGACUCGGGUGCUCAUGCCCGUGUGCUCUCUGCUGGGACUGGCUGCGCCUAUGUUGGCAAUCCGUCACUACGUCCAGAAGCACAAGGAGGUUCCCAACAUAGAUGUCGGUUCGCGACUCAUGGUCAUGUCAAUGUGUUGCACCUCAGUGUGGUUGUUCGGUAAACUUCUUCUCAGCAUGGCUAAGAUCGAUUACACCAUGCUCCAUGCAGCAGAGAUUGCCAUCAACAGCUUAAUCGACUACCUGGAAGAGGCUGCCGACGACGAGGAUAGCCCGCUGCAGGCACGCUCGCAUGACGUCGCAGAUAUAGAUUGGAAGGGGUUCGCACAGCGUUACCGUCACCUUGAUGCUUUGUUCGAGGCAGUGUGGUCUUUACGAUGCGUGGGUGGGCUGUUUGCUUUUCGUGCUUGCACCCUGGGCUUCGCCAGUAUCAUGUAUGGUGCGCUCGGGAUGGCAUUCGAGGACCUCAACACGCAACUGAUCAUCGGGGGCACGGGCGUGUGCUUUGGCAUUGGAUGUGUCAGGGUGAUUUACACUGCGGCUCGCGUGACAGGCCGCUGCCGCGACAAAUCAUUCAGGUCACGGUCUUUGAUGAGUGCAGUGACUGCGUUUAUCGGGUCGACAAAGCGUGACGUUGAGCAGGCCGGAGCUUUUCAGAAUUUGUUGGUGUAUAUGCAAAUCAAUCCCAUGGGCAUCAAAGUCACUGGGGUAGAUAUCACAGCAGAUUUUGUUUUUGUCAACGGCAUUCGCCUUCUCGCGCAAGCUCCAACGGCCUUCCUCUUCCUAGGCAGAUAUCUCCAACAUUCAUAGGCAUGUAUGCUUAGGUGGGAGUCUGAAGUGGUACGGCUCCCUUUCAUGCGUAACCCAGUGAGCGGCAGCGGCGAUGCUUCUUCCACCGUCUUCCCCGAUUGUCUCUCAGUGGUCUUCGUCUCACGACGGCAGCGAUGCACUCCUCUUCCUCUCUCCGCCCAGGGCCUCCUUAGUCCAAACCGUUCUCCGGAGCCGAGACGCGCGCUCGGCGCUCGCUUAUGGCUCUAGCCUAUAUGGGCUCGACUGGACGCCCGUGGCUUUGUCUUUAGGGCUUCGGGCAGUACGCAUACUUGGCCCAGGGGCAGCUCAGGGCCUCCCCCUGCACCCCCAUCCUCCGCCACUUGGCGCGGGAUGGGUCCGGCGAUCGGCGCCCCUCGUGGGCCGCAAUUCCAGUGAGCGUCUGGCCGUGCAGGCCCCGGGACAGGGUCCUUCUCCCGUCCUGCUCGCUGACUCGAGUGCUCUUGUAAUUUGAAGGGAGUUUGUGCCGAGGCGACGCUCUCGGAUAAUUCCGUGCGUGCAGGACUUGCUGCCUCGCCAGGCUCAUUCCGUCGGUUGAACAUUUGAACAUGUUUGCACUCGUGGACCCAAAAUAGCAUGCCUCGUGGAUGCGUAAUAUAUGUGGUGC